CUACUACUCACAUACAUGUGAAUUGUGAAGCAAACACACACAUGGGUUCUCUUUCAGCACACUUUGUUAUUUUCCCUUUCAUGUCUCAAGGCCACACCAUCCCUCUCCUCGCCCUCUCCCGCCUCCUCCGGCGGCGCUCCGCCGUCGUCACAAUCUUCACCACCUCCAAGAACGCCCCGCGGAUUCGGGCUUCUCUCCAGGACGUAGACGUUUCUAUUUUAGAGCUUCCUUUCCCUGGAAACAUAGAUGGUGUCCCUCCAGGCGUGGAGAACACUGAUAAAUUGCCAUCCAUGGCCUGUUUUCUCCCUUUUGCUAAAUCCACGAAACUCAUGCAGAAAAGCCUCGAACAGGCCCUGGAAACUCUCCGUCCGCCUGUUUCCUGCAUAAUCUCUGACCAGUUUCUUGGGUGGACUCAAGAAUCAGCAGAAAAAAUGGGUAUCCCGAGGCUUGUUUUCAUCGGGAUGGGGAAUUAUUCAUGUACUAUGUACCAAAUCUUGGGCAGGGACAGGCCACAGGCGGGCACGCAUUCGCCUGAUGAGCCUUUCUCGAUCCCUGAUUUUCCUACGGUGAAAUUAACAAGAAAUGACUUUGAGCCGCCGUUGAAUGAUCUUGAGCCCUCCGGGCCGUUUGUGGAGUUCAUGACGGAGCAAGUUAUCGCCACCUCCAUGAGCCGUGGAGUGCUUGUGGACAGUUUUUACGAGCUGGAAUCGCGCUAUGUUGAUUAUUGGAACAAGAAAAUUGGCCCGAAAGCUUUCAAUAUCGGACCACUCUGCAUGGCGGUGGCGCCGUCAUCGCCGCUGGAAGCCCUGGAGAAACCGAGUUAUAUGCAAUGGCUGGACGAGAGACUAGCUAAGGGGGAACCUGUUCUGUACGUGGCGUUUGGAUCACAAGCAGAAGUGAUAGAAGAGCAGUUGCAAGAAAUUGCUAAGGGUUUGAGCAAUCCCAUGUGAGUUCUGUGGGUUUUGAAAUCAAGAGGGGCAGUAGAAUGCUUGCAGAAGUUUGAAGAGAGGGUGAUAAAUCGAGGAAUGGUGGUGAAAGAAUGGGUUGAUCAACGGGGUAUCCUACGGCACGGUGGUGUAAAAGGGUUUCUGAGCCACUGCGGAUGGAACUCGGUGAUGGAGAGCAUCUCCGCGGGAGUGCCACUCCUUGCUCUGCCCCUGAUGGCGGAGCAGCACAUGAAUGCAAGAUUCGUGGCGGAGGAAAUUGGGGUGGGGCUGAGGAUUAUGCCACGUGGUGGGACAGUGCGCGGUUUCGUGGAGGCAGAGGAGGUGGAGAGAGUGGUGAGAGAGGUGAUGGAGGGUGAGAAGGGCGCGGAGGUAAGGAGGAAGGCAGUGGAGUACGGGGAAGCUGCUUGUGCAGCCAUGGCAGAGGGCGGUUCUUCUUGGCGGACGUUGGAUUUGGUGGUUGCUCAUGUAUGUGACAUUGUGAAUUAAAGUCAGUUGAAAACUAAUAAAUUUAUAUUAUUAUGUGAUUACAAUUUAUUCGUUUAUGUAACCGAUCCGUUUCGACCAGAAAUUACAACUUUUUCAUCUUUGUACGUUUAAAAAGAUCCUACCAAUUUGAUUUUUGUGCACUGCUUAUUGCCUGUUUCUAGCUAAAAAUAAGAAAAAUAGUUUGUUUGUGGUAGCCAAUCAUCUCGGUGAGAAAGACAAACAAGAAGAGUGAGUAAAUUAAAUUCUCAGACAUGAGAAACUUGUUUGCCCAUUGAAAAACAUGCCUACUCUGCUUUCAUAUCUAUGCUGAACUUGAGACACAGUGGCUUCAAGACCGAUUCACAAAAAAGUUGAUUCAUUAUAGUUCAGGGCGUUAAUUGGCAACAAAAGAGAUCUCUUUUCAAAAGUCAUAAUUAAAGAUAAGAACAUCAGUUCAGUAGCAACAAGGCGCCGAGCAAAUA